CUACUCUGACUACGAUUUCUUUUCCCGGAAUCAUCACGCGCUGCUGGUUUGGAAUACGCCCUUAAAUUGGAUCGCGAGGGGCUUGGCCGAUCGAGAAGUCAGCGGUAUUGCCGGGCUGUUCCUAUUUUGUUUUUGUGUGUAUAUCGGUCCUUGUUGGCUGCGGUGAAUUCUUUUUGCUCGUGGCGAUUCUGUGAGAUCGAAGGGAAUCAAACUCCAGCGAGGGAUACAGAGAUCGUUUUUUUUUCUCUUCGUCUGCCUUUCUUCUUCUACGCGUGAGGAUGAACAAAGCAAGAGUUCUAUGCGACUGCUGUAACGAUAUUUUUUAUAUUUCUAUAAUAUGUGAAAUUUGUGAGAGCUGAUUGUUUUAUGUGUUAUUCUGGCUGUUACACGCGUUUGAUAUUUGUGGCUUGGCUCUGCUGGUCAAAGUCUACGGCAGGAAACUUUUAUUGGAGAAAGGUGCUAUCUGGAACGAGUCUCGGGUCAGCAAUUCAAAGUCAUUAGUGGAGUAAUUUUUUAUACGCGAUAAACUUAACUUGGCUGAUGAUUGUUAUAUACUUAUCAAAUUAUCAAAAUAUGUAGUGUUUGCUGCUGAUUAUAUAUACAGGAUUAAUAUAAAAAAAUCUUUUAUAUUAGGGAGUAAUGGCUGCUGAGUCAUACCAGCAUCGUCCAUUUCAACAGCAAUGUAGUCAGUCCAACUUAGAUGAAAGUGAUUGAAUCGUUGAUAGAUGCUUGAAAGGGACUACGGGAUUUUAGUCAUGGCUAGAGUUGUAGAGCAGCACGGUGGAUGAGUGCAGUGCUCUGAUUAAUCCGCAAGAAGUAUUUUAUUUCAUUUAGUUUUUCUUUUUGAUGUUUUGGGAUAAAGAAUAAAAAGUUGACGCUUUUGCACGCGGCGAUAAUGAAGGAGAAGAUUUAAGCAUGCCAAUGUUAAAUGUAGGAUGGUUUGUUUUUGUAUGCUGGUUCGUUUCGCUAGAAGGCUACCACUGCCAUUUGUCAUUCGCCGAUGGGGCAUGUUGCUAGCAAGCAGUGAAUCUCAAAGCUGUUGACGAUAUACUAUUUGCUCAUCUACUUUGCCCUUGUAGGAUCAAAACUUCAAAUAUCUAUAUGAAGUGGGCCAAACCUUAGCUUUUGUGCAACAUGAUCUAAUGGAUCCAGACUGCCAAACUCCUGUCAGAAUGGUUUUUCCUGCUAUUUGAGAUGGAGGAAAUGAGAACUUGUUAUGAUAGCUUGCUUUCGGCUGCAGCUGCAACAACAAAUAGUGUAUAUGAGUUUGCAGAAGCUAUGGAAGAAAUGGGAACUUGCUUACUUGAGAAAACUGCAUUGGAUUGCGAUGAUGAUGACAGUGGCAGGGUGCUGAUGAUGCUAGGAAAGGCUCAAUUCGAACUACAAAAGUUUGUGGAUAACUAUCGCACAAAUAUCAUAAAUACAAUCACAAACCCUUCAGAGUCUCUUCUCAAGGAGCUACAAGUUGUAGAGGAAAUGAAGGACCACUGUGAUCAGAAAAGAGAGGAAUAUGAAACCAUGCGGUCAGCCUAUAAAGAUAAAGGACGAUCAAGGCAUCCCAAAACUGAAACAUUCUCCCCAGAACAAUUGCAAGCGUCCUAUCUCGAGUACCAAGAAGAUGCAACAUUAUUCAUAUUUCGCAUGAAAUCAUUGAAGCAAGGUCAAUUCUUGAGUAUUUUAACACAGGCUGCUCGCCAUCAUGCUGCUCAGUUGAGUUUUUUCAGGAAAGGGUUGAAGUAUCUAGAGGCUCUAGAACCUCAUGUAAAAGCAGUUGCUGAGAAGCAGCACAUUGAUUAUCACUUCAGUGGACUAGAUGAUGACACUGAUAAUGAUGAUUACAGCUCUUACCAGGACAAUCAUAGUGAGGGCAGUGAGUUGAGUUUUGACUACGGGAUAAACUUUCCUGCUUCCAGGAGUUCAAUGGAUUUGGAUCAGUCUAAUAUGGCGAGUCCCACGAAACCUCUGAAGGAACAUGAGCAGGAACAUGCCAAACAAAGAGAGACUGAUUUUGCAGCUCCUCGAGUGAAGCCUGAGUUUGGUACUCAAUCAGCACCAAUUUUUGCUGAUAAUGUGCUUGAUCCAUCUGUGAGGCUUCGCAAGUUGAAUUCUCCAAUGUUCUCGAGCCCACUACAGUCAAGUAGAACAAACUAUUCCUACAAACUCCCGACACCAGCUGAUGAUAAAAUCUCCACUUCAGCAGACACCAACAGAUCACCUCAUUCAGACAAACCAGAGAGUUCACAUGUGGCAGCAAAUUUGUGGCAUUCCUCUCCGCUCGUGAAAGAUUAUAAGCCGAGCUCCUUGUAUAGCGGGCCUGUUAAGAUGCCAUCAAGUACUGAGAGGAGAUCAUCACCAUUAGUUUAUUCCUACUCCACUUCAGAUUCUAAGAAAAUGAAGAGGGAAUCUUUUUCUGGCCCAAUUCCUAGUAAAGCAGGACUAAGCAAACCCUUGUUUUCAGCUGCUGGUCACAGAGCAUCAGUAAAUUAUCCUCCUCGUGUUAUGUCAACAAAAUCACAUGGACCAGGUUCUCUUCCAUCUGUGGCUCCAAAAGUCCCUAGGAUAACUUCACUGCCAACAACAUCCCCCAGAAUUAGUGAGCUUCAUGAGCUGCCUAGGCCUCCUGCAGCUUUAGACACUCUCCGGCCUGGUUUGGUUGGAUAUUCUGGUCCUUUGGUAUCAAGGCGGCAAAUUCCUACCCGUGCCUCCCCACCGUCAAAUACAGCAUCACCGCUUCCACGACCACCUGCUGCCAUGACUCGCAGCUAUUCUAUACCUUCAAACAGCCAAAGAACACCUAUUAUUACUGUGAAUAAGUUGUUGGAGUCUAGGCAUAGCAGAGAGAGCAGCGAAGUGUCCUCGCCCCCACUAACACCUAUAUCUUUGGCAGAUGUUUCCCGCAAAGCAAUAGCAGAAACAACUAUAGACACCAGAAGGAUGAAGGAAACCUCGUGAGCACUCACACAUCCAAACCUGUUUAUAAUUGUAGGCAAUUUUGUACGUAAGUAGUUUGCAUUCUUGGUUUUCUUCAAUAGUCUUUGGUGUAUUUUGUGAAACAAAAAGGUGAAAUAAAGAUAGCAAUAUUUUACCUUCA